GAGGGUCUAGGGUCUCUGGCAGGGCCGGCAGGGACGUGCAGCAGCUCCUCGAGGCCUGGCUGGCCUUGGCUUUCGGAGCGCGGGGAGGACGCUGCGCCCACGCUCUAUUGCUAGGAAAAAAUGUGCCUCAGAAACUGCUAACCUCCGACCUGAUUUACCAGGCAAGUGCUUGAACUAGUCAGUUCUUAAGAGCUGUGAUGGCCAGUCACCAAGCAGAUGUUCAGAGUUUGAAGCUAGAUAAUGAUUCAGUUAUAGAAGGAAUAAGUGACCAGGUACUGGUGGCAGUUGUGCUCAGUUUCACUUUCAUUGCUGCUCUGGUAUAUACCCUUUUAAGAAAUGAACAUCAGAACAUACACCCAGAAAAUCAAGAGCUAGUGCGAGCUCUUCGUCAGCAGCUUCAAACUGAGCAGGAUGCUUCUGCUGGUGAUAGACAUCGCUUCUAUACAGAUAUGUCCUGUCCAGUCUGUUUGCAACAGGCUACAUUUCCUAUAGAAACAAACUGUGGACAUCUCUUCUGUGGUUCCUGCAUUAUUGCCUACUGGAGGUAUGGCUCAUGGCUUGGUGCCAUCCGUUGUCCAAUCUGCAGACAAACGGUAACAUUGUUUUUACCACUUUUUGGUGAAGAUCAGCGGGAUGCAGCCCAAGUACUUCAAGAUGUUAAUGAUUAUAACCGGAGAUUCUCAGGACAGCCCAGAUCUAUUAUGGAAAGAAUUAUGGAUCUGCCCACUUUAUUACGGCAUGCUUUCAGGGAGAUGUUUUCUGUUGGGGGCCUCUUCUGGAUGUUUCGCAUCAGAAUAUUCCUCUGCUUGCUUGGAGCCUUGCUCUACCUGGCGUCACCUCUGGAUUUUCUUCCUGAAGCCCUGUUUGGAAUUCUGGGGUUUUUGGAUGAUUUCUUUGUCAUUUUUCUCCUGUUGAUAUACAUCUCUAUCAUGUACCGAGAAGUGGUAACACAGCGGCUGAACAGAUGAACUGGAUGAAAAUUACUCAAAUGCAGAGGUAGUUGUGGAAUGUAUUAAACAGAGAACUACAACAUGAGUAUGAUAUAGUGAGGAGCCUGUCUACAGUUUCAAUAGUUAACAAUUUCAUAGGUGGUCAUCUUAUAUAGAUACGAAGAGUUAGUGUGUGGUGGUGUUUAACUGGAAUCUUUAACUUGUAUAUUACAUACGCUUCAAAAGGAUGGGUUGGUUUCAUAAUGUAAUAAAUUACCUUAAUCCCCCUGAUGAACUGUAUGUAAUUAAAGCAGAAAACAGCUUUUGACAGCUUUUUGGUGCAUGGUUUAUGGUAAAGGAUUUCUGUGAAAGGAUUUCUAAGAAAAAAUCUGUUUGGGUAAAAUAGACUAAAAGGAAACUCAGAAAUUCUUCACAGGACAGUUAUGGCAGUUAAAUGUUUAAUGUCUCCCUGUUGUGGGCUAGAGGCUUUUAAAAUAAAAGUAGUUUUGUGUGUCUCUGUGAAAGAAGAAACCCACGGACCGCAUUACAAGUAUCAGCCUGCAGUUUUCUGUUUCCCAUAUGCUUCACAAAAACAAGAACACCUCAGUAUUGCUUUAACUGCACUAUGUACAGUUGCAUGCAAUUUGUACAAUUUUAUUUUUGUACUGGGAAUAUACACACAAUGUCUGAUCUGGAUAGAGAAAUCAGUGUUAUGCACGCCGGACUGGCUAGUGCUCUGUUUUUAAGUAGAGAAUGUUUUUUCCCUCUUCAUGCUGGUUUAUUUGAUAAGUACAUGUGAAGUUGAGGAUUUUGUGCUGUGUUGGGUCAAUG